ACUAUGUAACUAUCUAAUUAAUUAUAUAAUAGAUAUCUAUUCUAGAUCUAAGUUUUUAUUAUAACUUCUAGUCUAGUUCUAGAUCUAGACUAGAUCUUCUAAGACUAAGUCCGGACUUAUACAUCAAAGACUAAGAAUAAAAUCAUGCCUAAAGCAAGGACUGCAAUAGUUUGGUCACUCAAAGACUCACAACUGUUUCAGUUUCUCUUGGAUAAAUAUAGUGAUAUACCAGAGCCUGGAUCUGACACUACUAAUAAAACCUGCUUAAAUGGCCAUGCUCUUCAUAUUUUUAUAGCCAAUGAAUCAUGUUAUACAAGUUCAACAGAUAUAAUAAGUUCAUCCUUCGGAAUUCCUUCACCAGAAACUUUAAUUAAAUUAAAAAGAUUAAUUUACAAUACACUAACAAAACACAAAAAAAAUUUAAAUAGAAAUCUUGGAAAAAUAAAAAUAAUGUGCUCUGAAAUAUUUCACCAACUACCCUCUCAUACUGUCCCCAAUCCUGAUUCCAACAUUCAAACACCAGCUGUAGAAACCAUACAACCAGUAAAUGAAUUUAUUCCCCCUGCUUUAAACAUAAAAGAGGGACUUACACCCAGAGAAAAAGACUUAAAAAGGCGUUUAUCUUUGCUCUCCGAGUCUAGGAGUGAGGAAAGAAGCAGGCACAUACAAAAAAUGAAGCAAAUCAAAUUACAAAUUAAUGAUCAGCCUAAAAUAAUUAAAAACUUUAAGCAGUCAGUGGAGAGAAAAAAACAAACUAUUAUAAAACUUAAAAAGGAAUUAAAAAAACUUAAAACUGAAUCUGGCAAAGAAGAAAUAGCUAAAUUGAAAAAUAGAUUAACAGCCACAAAAAAUAAGUAUAAUCAUUCAAUAAUUAAAAUUAAAUCAAAUUAUAAAAAAGAAUUGUCUGAGAGGGACACAAUCAUUAAGGCCCUUCAGUGUGACAAACUGGUCCUUGAAGAUAAAGUUUUACAAUUAGAAAAUAUUAAUGCUACGUCCCUUAAAAAAGACAAAAAAACUUAUAAUGUAAUAGCCAGAUUGAUUAUUUAUGAUUGUAUUUCUAACAAUGUCCCCACCAAAAGAAUCCCCUCUGUAAUUGAUAGUUUGUCACACAGAAUGGGGAUCCUUAUUGAUUCUGUCCCUGACAAAAGUUCUAUUGAAAACUGUGUAAGAGAACUUGGUGUUAUAUCAGACCUGCAAGCCGCUGAAGUUGUCAUGGCUACACCAGGCCUAACUCUUGGGUUUGAUGCCACAACCCAAGAGGGUGUACAUGUCAACUCAGUGCAUCUCACCACCAAGUCUAAUACUUUAGUAAUUGCUUUAGAUGACCUGAGUGGUGGGACGGCUGAGGAUUAUGGGAAUCACAUCUGUCAAGCAAUUCAAAACUUGGCAGGAGUGUACUCUAAUUUUCACAAGACAGAUUUACACGAGUGCCGGGAUAAAAUUAUCCAAAAUAUUUCGAACACAAUGUCUGACCGGGCUCCUGUAAACCAUGCCACUGUGAUGCGAUUGUCUGAGUUGUGGGACAAAUCCUUGACUGAGCUUAAUUGCCACGUGCACCCGCUUGAUAGCAUUGCUAAAGGCUGCACGGAGGCACUUAAGACCCUGCAGACAGAACAAGGUAAGCUUUUUGGUAGUGACUGCUUGGCAGGUAACAUUGUCUUGCAGCUGACCAAAAUGCGUUACAAAAUGGGUACAGGCAAUCCCAAAGCUUUUGUUUCAUUUUUAGUAAAAGAAAAAUUAAAGAAGGGCCUUAUUCCACGGUAUAGGGGUAAUCGUUUUCAUGUAUUAUUUCAUACUAGUGGAAUAUUGGUCCUUCAUUCUGAACAAAUUUUAGAUUUUUUGGGAUCUGCCUCUGCCCUUCCUUGUGGAGGUCUGACUGCAGCAUUGCUGUAUGACCUCCAACUUCAAACAGCAAAAAAACAAUUAUAUGUCAUGGGCCUAAUAGGAAAACUGUUGACUGGCCCUUGGAUGAGAAAAUUUUACACAUCCCAAGAUGAUGUGAGAAAUAUUUCUUAUUAUGAGGGCGUCACAGUCAUUAAAGGAGUUCUAGCCCGAGUAAAUGAAUGUCUGAAAAAUCCUUUCAGCAUUUUUACAAGGAGCUUAGACUUCUUUGAUGAAGACCUUGAUGCCAAUGACCCUGUACUGCAAGUUCUUUUGCUCUGCCCUCAAGAUAUGCAAGUUGAGCGUAUGUUGAAAGAUUGCCUGUCUUCUAUUGCGUCUGUUAUCCAGAGGCAGUAUGAAAGUUUUCUUUGUAUGGAUGAAUCUGAGCUGAUGAAGCUUGAAGCGGAAUCUGCUAGGUCACAUAAUAUGGACUCAGAAGAGGUGGUUGGCAUGUUCAGUGCAGAAAAAAAACGUGCACCCAGUGCAACAGUGUGCUACAUCUCUUCUAAAGUCCGUUCCAAAAAGAACAAAACUGUGGCCUAUCUAGAUUCCCUGACGGAAUCAGCUCGGAAAGAAAGGGUCGAAUGGGCCAUGGGUGCUGCACGCAUUAGAAGGCGGGCUAAUAAAGUGAGGUCGUCUAGUGUGAAUGAAGAGAUUGUUAAGAGGGCAGAGCAAAAGGCCAGAGAAAGUGAGAAGAGAGAGAGGAAACAGAUUGAGAACCUGCUUAGAAAGGAAGACUUUGACCGAAUAAGGACAGAAAUGAAGGAUGUGACUGAAGAGACUUUGACUAAUGUUGUGGACAUUUUAUCAGGGAAUAUUUUUGGGAGGUUGAUUUGCCAUUACUGGUUUGAUGAAGGUGCGCAUUGUGGUAGGAUAAUGAGAGUGAAGAAAGAAUGGAAAGGAAAGAAAGUUGUAUAUAAUAAAGAUGUAUAUGAGGUGUCCUACUGGUCGAUUGAAGAGGAUGAAAGUGAGGGUGUUGAUUAUGACAUGAAUAAAUAUGAAUUAGCUUGUGACGUACUAUUUAAAGACCUGACUUUAAUGUAAAUUAGACUGGACAUUAGACGCUAUUGACAUCAUGUUUUUUUUUCUAUCCAUUGGCAAUAAUUGUGCAGUUUGAUUUCUGUCUUGCAAAUGGGUGUUCUUUUGAAUUGGGUCACAAACAAAUACAAACAAUUAUUAAAUAUACAAUCAUUCAUAACCUCAAAUUUACCUUACAACAAAUUAAUUACUAACUAUAAAAUUAAUACUUAAUAAUUAAAAAUUUGCUUAAAAAGUCACAAAUAUAACUAUCCAAUUCUAAAGAACAUUCUUUCAAGGAUUUAAUUUUAGAAUUACUUUUGAUUAUAUUGAUCUUCUUUUACUUUUUUAAAUCUUUCAUUAAUUUUUUUUAUACAUGAAAAUUACAUUUUACUAAAUUGUUUUCUUUCAUAUAUGAAUUUAAAAUAAAUUCCAAUGUUAUAUUUAGAUAUUUUUUUUAAAAGUACAUGUUAUAUUGAUUAAAAUCAAUAAUUUCCAUAACUCACUUUUUUACUAAAUUUUUUUCUUUCAUAUAUGAAUUUAAAAUUAAUUCCAAUGGUAUAUUUAGAUAUUUUUUUAAAAAGUACAUGUUAUAUUGAUUAAAAUAAAUAAUUUCCUUAACUCACUUUCGCAAAACGAAUUAGAGUACAUUGUGAUUCUCUAUUUCUCAGAGCUGCUCUGAUAUAACACUGUUCUUUGCCAGUUUCAGUAAAAAAAAUUUUUUAAAUUCUGAAUUUUUUUUUAUGUUACAUAUUGAACUGUACAUAUUUAUUUACUUUUCAAAUUUUUUAAAUACUAAGCUUUGCUUCCUAACUACUUUUCUUCCUAUUUCAUGCUGAAAUCAUUAUGCUUUGUGGCAUAUUUCAACUUAUUCUACUUUCCAUUUUAUAGUUCUUUAAUAUCAAUAUAUAUAUUUAAUAUAUAAUUAAAUUAAUUCUUACUUUGACAUGUUUACUAUUUCAUAUUAUUUUAUGCACACCAACUGUAUUCAGAAUUAUUUUGUAUGUAUAAAUUUUUUUUGGUUUACGUCUCUUGUUCUACACUUACAAAUCUGUAUUGUUUUCUUCAAGAAGGUUUAACAUUAAACUAUAAAAAAAUAUUUAUAAAAAAUUAAAUAUUUAAAAUUUAAAGAAAUUUUUUUUUUACUAUUUAGUGCUUAAACAUUAAAUUUUCUGACCACUGACUGCUAUUUUUUUUUAUACCAUUGAUUUAAUAAUAAAUUUUAUCAGUCCUCUCUUCAAGACUCGUGCAGUAAAGAAAUGGUUUUGUUUUCUUGGGUGUAAUGUUUCUUCUUAAUUUAUUUUUCUUACUCAUUAUUACAAUUACACAUCUAUGGCCAACACCUCAUCGUAUUGUACUAACAGUAGACCAUCAUUGAAUUCAAGAAUUUAUUGUUUAUUGGCUACAACUCAUGCUAUGGUUAGCACCUGAACUUACUAAGAAUCACCUGUAUUAAUGUAUGUCACCAUAAACAGUAUUAUAUGAAUGUUGUAAUAACACUCUAGAUCUUCAUUGCAUUCGACUACUGCUUACAACACUUGUCAUGGCUAAUACCUCAUCUUACCAUACUGAAUCAACUGUAUCAUCUUCAACUACUGCCUACAACCCAUGUCAUG